GUUAUUUCUUGUGGUCCGUGUUGUUAUUAUUAAUGUCGAUCAAGAUGCUGGGGUUGAUAUUAAUUGUGAUGCUGUUACCAUUAACAGUUUCAUUACAAGAUGAUCCAUGUAACAACUACAGAAUGUUGUAUGAUGAUGGUGGACGAAGUAUUAAAUGUGACCUGUAUUAUUCCGACUCCCAUGAUAGAUUUAUAGAUGAAGGAUGGAGACGAGUUCAGCUAGAGUCAACAGGAGAUGAUCUUACUAUGCCUACUAUGUGUGUUCCUAGUGGAUUUUGUGGCUCUCACAGCAAUGUCUGGUUAGAUGGUACCCAUUCUACAGUAGAAGAUGGUAUAGUUGAUAGAAUAGGGUGUUUAAGUAACCAUCCUACAGUAGAAGAUGGUAAAGUUGAUAGAAUGGGAUGUUUAAGUAUCCAUCCUACAGUAGAAGAUGGUAUAGUUGAUAGAAUGGGAUGUUUAAGUAUCCAUCCUACAGUAGAAGAUGGUAUAGUUGAUAGAAUGGGAUGUUUAAGUAACCAUCCUACAGUAGAAGAUGGUAUAGUUGAUAGAAUAGGGUGUUUAAGUAUGUUUUCAUCCUGCUGUAAAGUCAAGUAUCCGAUACAGAUUAAAAACUGCACGGACUAUAUGGUGUAUAAUUUAAAGAGAACGCUUGGUAGCGAUCAACGUUAUUGCUUCGAUCUACUAGUUUUGAUUCUUGGAGUGUCUUUAUCUAUUACAAUGACCCUGCUUAUAACGCUUGUAUUCGGUGUAUUUUUCUACAUGAGACAGGGAAUUAUUGGACAAAAAUAUGAAUCAAUUAAGGCGUGAAUUAUU